CUUUAUUCCGUGUCUGUGCCUUAUGAUUUAUAAUGAUUAUAGUGAUUACAUGCGGUGAUAAUAAAACGGUGUAAAUACUAUAUGAAUGUAGGUAUGCAAUUGAAAUUGAAUCAGAAAUAAGUAAUGAGUAAUGACUUCAAUCAUUAUGAUGAUCUCCGUGACUCAGUCCACUUACUACGACUAGUACUUAGUAAUUUAGUAACUUUUAACAUUUAGAAAAACUAAUUUUAAUUAAACACACUACACACUUUAAUUCUGACCAGAUUAAAGUUACACAAGUUUUGUGAUUUAGUGUUUUCAGAAAUUUAAAUUUAUAACUUUUUGAUAAAUAAAAAAUAAUCCUUAAAUGCUUAAAUAUGUUUUUGGACAAUAAAAAUAUUAUUUUGAUGUCAACUGGAUCUUUUAACCCACCAACAAAUAUGCAUUUGCGAAUGUUUGAAAUCGCUCGAGAUCACUUAAAUCGUUUGGGACUUACAAUUUGUGGUGGUUUGAUAUCACCUACUCAUGAUUUGUAUAAAAAGAAAGAUUUAGCACCGUCAUUACAUAGGUGUGCAAUGAUUGAGCAAGCCCUAGUUGCACUACCUUGGGUGAAGUUGUCUGAUUGGGAAGUAAAACAAAACGGUUGGACAAGAACGAGACAAGUGCUACAAUAUCACCAGAAUCAUCUCAAUAUGAUAAUCACUUCUAGACUAAAUGGUUCAAUUAAAGUAGAUACUUCAUUAUUACCAGUCCAAUUUAUUGAAAAUCUCAAUGUCAGUGAUUCAAAUCAAAAUACAGCAGUAAAUGUGAGACUUUUGUGUGGCGCUGAUUUAUUGGAAUCUUUUGCUGUUCCAGGUUUAUGGAAUGAUGACGACAUAGAAGCUAUUGUCCGAGAUUAUGGUCUGGUUGUUGUUAGUCGUUCGGGAUCCAACCCUCAUAAAUUUAUUUACGAAUCUAAUAUUUUAACUAAAUACAUGGCAAACAUUAUUGUUGUAACUGAAUGGAUAACAAAUGAAGUUAGCUCAACAAAAGUACGUAGAGCAUUAUCUCGUAAUGAAAGUGUAAAAUUUCUUAUUAGUGAGUUGGUUGAAUCUUAUAUCAAAGAGCAUGGUCUUUAUGAAACUCUAAACCAUAAGUACUCUAAUGAUGAUAAAUUGGAUGUAGACUUAAAAAGUGCUUUGUUGUCAUCCUCUCCUAGCAAUAAAACUCUUAAAACAUAUCAAAUGGAUGACCAAAAACUUAAUAUUGAUGAACCUGAUAAUCUACAGUGUAAUGAAAAAAGAGUUAUUAAUUGUAAAAAUUCUAAGGUAAGAAAUGUAGCUGAAAGUAAAGAAAACUGCUCUAAAGUUGCCAUUUUAGUAUCUGAAAAUGGUAUUAUUGAAGUUAUAAGUGAUAUGGAAACAAUGGUUUGACAUUAAAUUUCCAUGUUUAGAACAAUGUGCCAAAUUUACUUAUUUUUUGUAGUAAUAUUAUAAUUUUGUUGUUAAUAAUUGAUUUUGGUUUAUUCUUCCAUUAAUACUGUGAUUUUAGAUUUAAUUACUUAACAAAAUAUUAUCAAAUGUAUUAAUUAUUUUAAAAAUUAAUAAUGUCUUUGAUUAAGAUAAAUAGGUAUUUUAGGUUUAUAGCUAAACUUGCCAUUUGUUAUGGUUUUAACGGCAUGUCCUGGUGUUUUGGCUUGUUAUUAAGUUUGUCUCAAUUAAUAGAGGCUGAGUGAAAAUAACUUUAAUAUUGUAUUAUUUCAUAGUAAAACAGAAUAAUAUUGUACAUUGUAUCAUUAUAUGAUUAUCUUAUAUUGAGUAUCUAAAACAAAUUAAAAGGUUAUUCAAUAUGAUGUCCCAGUUUGGUAAUUUCAAAAUCUGGCAACCCUAUAGGUAAACUUUUUUUACUUUUAAGUGUGAUUAAUGAUUUUAUAAUUUUAUUAUACAAUUGUUACAUAAUAUUAUUAGCUAACUUUUAGUUUGUGUUAAACUAGAUCAGGGAUGGAAAAUUAUAUGAACACUAUGUGCCAAAAAUUACUUCUUUUUUUUUAGAACGUGCCAUGAAAAAUAUUAUAUACAUAUUAUAUUCAGUAUGUAUAAUAAAAAUAUUUUAAUUUGCCAUAUGUGAAUUAGAUCUUAUCUGACUUAUCUAUAUAAUAAUUAAUUGUGUAUCAGAUAUCACAAAAAAAUUAUAGAUAGAAUUAAAUUUAUCAAUAAUUUAUAGUCUAAAAUUAGUUAAAUAGGUGUUUGUAGUGAUGUAUUUACGGGGGGGGGGGUAUCCCGGGUCCAACCACCCCCCCAAAGAAAUGAUUGAAAAUACGGCAUUGGGUGCUUGAAGUUUGAUAACUACCCAAAAGAAUAUCUAUCUCUAAAUAAAUAAAACAAAUAUAAUUUCAAACCGAUAUAUUUCAUGAUUCAGAAUUUUAAAUUAGGUUAAAUAUAUUACAAUA